AUGACAGCUAUAGUGGACGAAGAAAUAUUUUUCACUGUUGCAGGUCGCAAUGAGCUGAUUGCCCGUUACAUCAAACUAAGAACAGGCAAGACGAGGACGCGAAAGCAGGUCUCUUCGCACAUACAAGUGCUUGCUAGGCGAAAACUUCGCGAGAUCCAAGCGAAACUCAAAGUGGAUAAUGCCGCCAAGGAGAAGGCGCUCCAGACAAUGUCGAGCAUGUCGAGCGCCCAGAUAGUAUCAGCUGGGAGUGCGAUACACAACAAGAUGCCCCCCGCCCUCGUGGGGCCCCUUGCCCUUCAUGCUUCCACCCCUGUCUCCUAUCCCGGAGCGCCAUUCUGGCAGCCGGGUCUGCAGCCAGGAACGUCCCAGGAUGUCAAACCGUUUUCGCAGCCGGCGUACGCCGGAAAACCAGCGACAGCGGUUUCAAGCGCUGACAUGGUCCAGGCUCAACCACCCCCGCCCUGGGAAGGACGUGCCAUCGCAACCCACAAGCUUAGGCUUGUCGAGUUCUCGGCCUACAUGGACCAACAGAGAGACCAGGAUAUUUACCAAAAGCACCUGUUCGUCCACAUAGGAGGAUCGGCGACAUACGCGGAUCCGUUGCUAGAGGCUGUUGAUGUCAGGCAGAUAUACGACAAAUUCCCAGAGAAAAAGGGUGGCCUGAAGGAACUUUAUGACAAGGGACCACAGGCGGCCUUCUUCCUCGUUAAAUUCUGGGCUGAUCUCAAUACGAACAUUCAGGACGAAGCUGGAGCCUUCUACGGCGUAACAAGCCAGUACGAGAGCAACGAGAACAUGACGAUAACGUGUUCGACCAAAGUCUGCUCUUUCGGGAAACAGGUGGUGGAAAAAGUGGAGACGGAAUACGCUAGGUUCGAGAAUGGCAGGUUCGUCUAUCGUAUUAACCGUUCACCUAUGUGCGAGUACAUGAUCAACUUCAUACACAAAUUGAAGCACCUGCCGGAAAAGUACAUGAUGAACAGCGUUCUCGAGAAUUUCACCAUUCUCCAGGUUGUAACGAACAGGGAGACGCAUGAAACGUUGCUGUGCACGGCAUAUGUGUUUGAGGUAUCGACGUCUGAGCACGGUGCACAGCAUCACAUAUACAGAUUGAUCAAGGAUUAGCCUGCUUGAACCUGCUCGCCAUGCAGCCAUCCACCCCCAUCAGUGCCUACCAUCACAUAAAAAAAAAAAAUCAUCCAUACGCGCAUAUACACGAUUACACACAAAAA